GUACAUGGUUCGGGUCCGAGCCGUGGUGAUGGCCCGAGAUGACUCCAGUGGGGGCUGGCUGCCUGUGGGGGGCGGGGGCCUCAGCCAGGUGAGCGUAUGUCGGGUCCGAGGGGCCAGGCCCGAGGGGGGGGCCCGCCAGGGGCACUACGUCAUCCACGGGGAGCGCCUCCGGGACCAGAAAACCACCUUGGAGUGUACCCUGAGGCCAGGCUUGGUUUACAACAAGGUGAACCCCAUCUUCCAUCACUGGAGCCUGGGUGACUGCAAGUUUGGGCUGACAUUUCAGAGUCCGGCAGAGGCUGAUGAGUUCCAGAAGAGCCUGCUGGCAGCGCUGGCUGCGCUGGGUCGAGGCUCGCUCACCCCCUCCUCCUCCUCCUCUUCCUCCUCCCCUUCCCAGGACACCGCAGAGACUCCCUGCCCUCUGACGUCCCACGUGGACAGCGACUCCUCCUCCAGUCACAGCCACCAGGAGACACUUCCCACCGCCGCGGCGGCCCGCAUCGUCACCGUGGAGUCAGCUUCUGGCUUCGGGCCGGCCACGCCCCCCCAGCGCCGCCGCUCCUCAGCUCAGAGCUACCCUCCGCUCCUACCGUUCACCGGGAUUCCGGAGCCUUCAGAGCCCCUGGCUGGGGCAGGGGGCCCGGGCUGGGGCGGCCGCGGCUAUGAGGAUUACCGGCGAGCUGGGCCGCCCGCGCCCCUCGCCCUGUCCACCUGCGUCGUGCGCUUCGCCAAGACAGGCGCGUUGAGGGGAGCAGCCCUGGGGCCCCCCGCAGCCCUACCGGUCCCUCUCACCGAGGCUGCGCCUCCAGCGCCCCCGUCUCGCCCACCCCCGGGCCCGGGCCCGGCCCCUGCGCCGGCUAAGGCCUCCCCAGAGGCGGAGGAGGCGGCGCGCUGCGUGCACUGCCGUGCGCUCUUCCGCCGUCGCGCCGACGGGCGAGGCGGCCGCUGCGCCGAGGCCCCAGACCCGGGCCGCCUGCUGGUGCGCCGUCUCAGCUGCCUGUGGUGCGCCGAGAGCUUGCUCUACCACUGCCUGUCGGAUGCCGAGGGCGACUUCUCGGACCCGUGCGCCUGCGAGCCGGGCCACCCGCGCCCCGCCGCGCGCUGGGCCGCGCUUGCCGCGCUCUCCCUCGCCGUGCCCUGCCUCUGCUGCUACGCGCCCCUGCGCGCAUGCCACUGGGUCGCGGCGCGAUGCGGCUGCGCCGGCUGCGGGGGUCGUCACGAGGAGGCGGCGCGGUGAGGACGGCCUGGUGGGUCCGGUAGCCGGACCGAGGACCCAAAAUCUAGGGUCCAGGACCCCGGACUUCAUUCGGACCCCAAACCCAAACCUAGGCACACCCGGAACUUGGAGCUUGAGUUUGGAUUGAGAGACCCCAGACCUGGAACCUGGACCCCAAAUGUAGGACUGAGAGACCCCAGAACCAGCUUCAGUGGGAUGUCUGUCCAAGAGCUCCCAGGCAUCCUGAGUUCUGGCGUCCCCGUUCUCCAUCCCCACUCGGCCCGCCUCUGACCUAGGCUGAGGAGAUUCCAGGGAUCCCCAGACUCUUCACCUCAGGCAGGCAGGGGAGCACACGGAUUCCUGAGAGUCGGGCUCUGAACCCUAACUCCCUGUUCAAAUUACCAACCGAGACCCAGUCAUGCCUGGCACCAGGAACCCUCAGAUUACAGCCCCAGAAUUAGGAGUUGCCUGUAUACAAUUACUCCCAGAUCUUGAAACCUUAGGACCCAGAAUCGCCCCCAAAUGGUUCCUGAAUGCUCACCUAAAACCUGGAGCACCUGUAUCUGAGAUGUUCUUGUAGCCCUAGGACUUCUUAGACACCAAAUCCUCUUAAGAUACCCUGAGUCCUUGGAUGUGCUCAAAUGAAUGUUCUCUGACCCAAAUGACUUGGGAGACCCACCUCAGCGCCCCUCCCAACAGGACAUGCACACCGCCCAAGAUCCAGAAGUUAGACUCCAAGAUGCUCUGUGAGCCAGGGGUCAAAGACCUCUGUAGACCCACCCACCCCAAGCCUGUGUUCGCAGGAGCUUUCGAUUUCAUAGAUAGGACUCUGAGGUGCUUAGUGCCCCAGAUGUAGGACUGGAGGCCACCAGCACCUCAGGGCCCAAGACGUUGAUCCCAACCCUCAGCCCUCUUCCAGUCCUGCUUGGACUUGGAUGUCAAGCCCCAGAAUGUCCUGGAAUCUUUGGCUUCUUUCUACCCAUUGAUUCCCCAAUCCUCUAAAGGCUGGGAGCCUAGCUCCCAGAAGAUGGGAUGUUCUUGGAAACUCAGACCUCUGACCCCUUGCCCCUGAGUGACUCUGAGGUGCUUUAGGAGCACUGGAUCCAAGACCCCAAGGUGCCAUUGACCACACCCUGAAAAUUCAGGACUCAAGCCUACACAAUAUUGGGAUUGUCCCUGACCCAAGACCUUGGUCUCUCCAUACCAGAGACAGAUCUGAGGUGCCCCGGGACCCUAGCACCUUCAGAUCCCAGAUUUCUUUGGCCUCAAACCUCUCUAGCCUGAUAUUUCCCAGACCCAGCUUGUGCAUCCCCUGAGACCUACUGCCCAUUGAAUCCUGCCCCCCGAGGUCCCAAGGUCCCAGACUCUGGAAUUCUAGUCCCAAGGGCUCCGGCCCAAGCUCUCAGUAUCCCACAGAAAUUUCCCCCUUUACCCUAGGGGGAAAAACAUUUUGAGCUAAUGUUCCUGGAUUCUGGAUUCCAGGACCACCCAAGAGCUCCCCUGCUCCCAUCUCUAGGACCCAGCAUUGCCAUAGAUGAUGGUGCAGGCUGUUCACUAAGCAAAGGCACAAAGCCAAGGUGAUGAGUGGGGCUGGCCAU